CAAUACAGACGACCCCAACUAACAGCAUCAAACACUGCAAGCAUACAAGGAAACAUGGAAACUCAGACAAAGGUUCUGGUUUUCUUAGCUAUUUGUCUGGCAUGUUCUGCUGUAUCCAAAGGAAUGCCUAUGGCAAGAAUGAGUGAGCUGAGGUGUAUUUGCAUAAGCACAGAGUCAAGGUUUAUAGCCUCUAAACAUUUCCAGAAUGUUGAGAUUAUUCCUAAAGGACCACAUUGCAAAAAUGUGGAAGUGAUAGUAACUUUAAAAAAUGGACAAGAAGUAUGCUUAGAUCCAUCUGCCCCAUGGGUUAAGAAGAGAAUUGAUAGAAUUCUAGACAGUACAAAGACCACACCUGUGCCUCCUCAAUAAUUUGUGAAUCACAAGAAGUGGCUGAGAAGAAGAAAAGGAACACAGCAUGAAAAGCUAACUUCAAAUGGAUAUAGUGACAUUUUUUUAUUUAUUUAUUUUUUAUUUAAGGUUACGAAAAAAACUUAUAUUUUUCUUGGUGACUAUGUUGCUACAAUGUUCUGAAAACAGUGUUUAAGUAAUUUGUAUCAUGUUCAUUAUGGUUUUUUUAAAAAUCACAAAGCUCACGAAUCAGAGAAAAGACUCACUAUUUUAAUUGUUUCAAUUCAAUGUAAAUUUGGAUACAGUAUAUCUUGAUUUGGACAUGAAUGUUCUUUCAUAUACUGAACUUAUACACAUUUGUGUAUUAAAAAAAUAUUGAAAAAAUGAAUCUGUAAAACAGAACUCCUAUAUGGUAUAGAACUUUAUCUGUAUUGAUAAAGUUACAAAUG